UGCGCUCUGCUGGUGCAUGAGCUGUGCAAUCUCGGUGCGCGAGUGCAAUGGGCAAAAUCGUAUGGAUCCAAAAUUGCGCGAUUAAUGGAUCCAAAAUUGCACGGUUGUUGACGUCAUUGCACAAUGGGCUGAAUGAACGAUAUCAAACAACCAAUCAAAUCACAAGAAUCUAUCUAGGUGUCGUAUGAUAGCAAAUGAGGGCAUAUAGCGAGAGAACGGUCAAUGAAGGGAGAGAGAACAGAGAGGAAAGGGGACGAUUGGUAAAAUUUCCACUUAAAUAAUGCUGAUCCACAUAUUUAACAAGUGCAAUAAAAAUGUGGCCCAAAAUAAAACCAUUUCAUCUUCACCCUGGCUUGCAAUUUAUUAGACUGACACCUAUUUCAAUGGCUACAUGAUUCAUGGAUUGCCGACACCAUCCCUACCUAUUUUAAGUUCUCGAUAUAUAUUUUCGAUCUGGCAUAACGCGUUAUAACGUGCAACGUGAUUACCACAACACCAAGUAUUGUUUAUAAUAGAAGCAGUUACGUACCAAAGAUUUUUACUCUCUGUAGACUAGUGGUUGCUCAACGCAGACUAUACAGCUUCACCGUUCAGAGCCUGAUAUGAUAUCGGCAUUUCAAAAAUACAAAUACAGGUAGAACAUGUAUUGAGAGAUCAUGUCGUUAUAUAUCCGGGUCAUAUCUGCAUCAUAGUGAAUCUCCCACUCUACAAAAAGUGCAGCAUGUACUAUAUCGUUGCAGGUUAGGACACAGUUAGAUUUUUACAGAGUAGAAUGGCGUCACACUCAGAACCAGACUUUGACGAGGUCCUCAAACUGAUCGCAGAAGACAUAACCAACGAAGACCAUAUUGAAAUGUUAGGAAAAGCACUUGGUUUCCGAAAAGGCCCCAUUGAAAACUACAUCAAAACCAACUUCCGGUUUGGUAACGUUACGAGCAGGGGUACACUUCAAAUGCUCCGGGAUUGGAAUCUUAAAGUCAGCAGAACGCAGCAGUUUGGAGAGCUAAGGGCGGCUCUUAUAAAGGCAAACUUGCAGGCGACGGCGGAUGAUCAUUUACCCCAAGCCGACCUCUGCACACCGCGGAAUUCCCAGUCUGCCCCAUCGGGACAAACACAGGAAGACCCUAACCUAUAUGUGACCGAAGGUCAGAUCAUGUACCUCGCAAGGAAUCUGCUAGGUGACUUUUAUUCUCCGUUCGCCAGUGCACUAGGCUUCUCGUAUGCCGAGUAUGAAAACAUCAAACGGAAACAUCUGAACGACAUAAAGGAAGCGACCUUAGACAUCUUGAACCAAUGGAAAAGGAACACAGGUGGUUUGCGGACAGCUUUAGAGGGCGCUCUUAACGAGGCAGAAUGUGCACGCUUAGCAUAUACAUAUAAAGAUGCAUAAACCCGCUCGGUUCCAUGGAACCUGCUCCGUUUAUUGAUGUAAUAAGCCACACCCACUUUUUCACUUAUGUCCUAUCUCUUAGAUAUGACUCCCACAUUUUUUACGGAAUAAACAUAUCAUGUUUAGUGUCCAAUAAAAGCUUAAGAAAAAUUCAAUGCAAAUGAAUGGAUCACUGGGUAUUUAAAUUAAAAGUCAUUUAAGGUCAUAUGGGGCAAAUUGCAUUACAAAUGUAAAUGCAACCUGUUUAUUUGCAUUUUAUUUUUCCAUCAGCUACAAUUUGAUACAAAACAUGAUAUGUUUGUACCGUAAAAUAUGAAAGUAAUAUUUAAUAUUCAUGUAAAAAAGGGGGGUUUGGCCUAAGACGUCAAAUAAAAACAAUGCACAAGCAUGACAAAGGUGACCAGGAGGCACCCGCCGGAUUUUUGAAGGAGACACCCCAUCCUGACGGUCAUACAAGAAUUUUGAUCAUCUACCCUACUGUAUAUCAUACACAUAUUCCAACACAAACAUGACGCUACAGCAUGCAGGCGUACAGAAUCAAGCAAAGAGUAAAUAGUUGUCGGAGGAGCAAAUAGCGUCUGACUUGUCACCAACUAGAUAAGCUCUUCAGGGACCAACUUGAUAACAACGCUCACGAUACUGCUGUCCCAGUUGGAUAAAAAAAGGUGUAACUAGUUGUCUUUGAAGCUGCAUGGUUACUGAAAAACAACUACAACAACGAAAUGCUAGAUUAUUGACAGGAUUCAGAGAAGUCAGCCGCGCCAGAAUUGCUACCUUGUUUAAUAUAAUGGGAUUUUCACUUAGUACUCUUUUUACAGAUCUGUUUGAAUUUCAUAGAAAUUGUCAGCAAUCAUGGUAAAAAAGAGGAGGGAAUGAUUCAUGAAUACAGUGCGAAUCAGACAAAAUGUUACACUUUUUUAAAAUUGUAUUAAAGAAAAUGUUGGAAUCAGAGAUAAUUUCUAGCAUGUAUGGAUAAACUA